UAGGAAUUUUUAUUUCCAGCAACAAAACAACAAUGAAAAAAAGGGGGGCUUUAUUAGGAAAUGACCUUGUCGAACGGUUGAUAUCUAGUAGCCAUUCGCUUUCCUUCUACUUCCCGUAACCACAUUGUCAUCUGAGCAGUUCCUCUUUGGCCUUUAUAAUCUAAACGAAACGAAACGAAAAAAUAGGCCGCCCGACGGACGGAAUCUUCAAAGCCAAAUACCUCGGGGUAAAGUUUUUCUCCUAAAAUUUGACGGCAUUUACACGUGUCAACGCGCCAUCGCGACGUCAGCUCCCGCGUGAAGACCUCCCUCACGUCCAUAUAUUGUACACGGACCAAAGAAGACUUCCUCUCGUCUUCAAGUCUCUUCCUGCUCGGCCACGCCCCCUCCAACGGUUUUAACCACCCACGUAAUAAAAUGACGAUCUUACCCUCAUCAGAUCGCAAAUACCGACGGAGUCCCCGAACCCCUCUCCUCCCUCAAAAGCUCGGGAACCAAUUAUUCUUGGCUCACGAGUCCGGCUUCGAUGGCGCGUCGAUUUCAGGAGCCGUAUUCAACCUCUCGACCACCGUCGUCGGAGCCGGAAUCAUGGCUCUCCCAGCCACCGUCAAUCAACUGGGCCUUAUCCCUGGUCUAAUCACGAUCAUUUUCGUCUCUAUGUUAACGGAAUCAUCCAUCGAUAUGAUUCUCAAAUUCAGCCGAGCCUCCAAGAGCGCCACGUAUUCAGGCGUCGCCGCUGACGCUUUCGGUGGACCCGGCCGAACCCUCCUUCAAGCCUGCAUCGUCAUCAACAACUUGGGCAUGCUCGUCGUCUACAUGAUCAUCAUAGGUCACUUAAAAGCCAAAACCACUCCUCGUGGAACUAUUAAUAGCCGUUUGAUUGAGACUGAAUUUGAAUUGUUGGCAGGUGAUGUGUUGUCCGGGACAUGGGCGGAUGGGGUCCACCACAGGGGAGUGAUGGAAGAAUGGUUCGGUGAAAAUUGGUGGACGACGCGUUCGGCAUUGCUCUUGUUCACCACAGUUUUCGUUUUUGCUCCUCUCAUUUCAUUCAAGCGCGUUGAUUCAUUGAGAUACACGUCGGCAUUGUCAGUUGGUUUGGCGGUUGUGUUUGUGGCAAUAACAGCAGGAGUUGCAAUUGUUAAGUUGAUGGAAGGGAAAAUUGGAAUUCCUCGUCUAAUGCCAAAACUUGUUAAUCAGGCGUCGUUUUGGAAGCUUUUCACUACUGUUCCUGUUUUAGUUACUGCUUAUAUAUGCCACCAUAACAUACUCCCAAUAGGGAAUGAACUGAAAGACCCUACCCAGAUGAAGUCAAUAGUUCGAAAGUCCCUCACAUUAUGCUCAUCUGUCUACAUUGCUACUAGCUUCUUCGGAGUCCUACUUUUUGGGGAUCAUACUUUGGAUGAUGUGCUUGCUAAUUUUGAUGGUGAUCUUGGAAUUUCAUAUAGCUCAUUGCUUGAUGAUAUAAUCAGGGUGAGCUAUGGCCUUCACCUGAUGCUUGUUUUCCCGAUUGUGUUUUUCUCCCUCCGUCUCAAUGUAGAUGGUCUUUUAUUUCCAUAUGCUGUUCCUAUUGCUUUUGACAACCGGAGGUUCUUCUCAGUAACAGUAGCUCUUAUGGGUUUUAUAUUUAUGGGAGCCAACUUUGUUCCUAGUAUCUGGGAUGCCUUCCAGUUCACUGGUGCAACUGCUGCGGUUUGUGUUGGUUAUAUCUUUCCAGCUGCAAUCACCCUCAAGGACACCCAUGGAAUUGCAACAAAGAAUGAUAGACUAAUAUCAUGGAUUAUGAUCUUUCUUGCUGUUUCAACAAGCACAGUGGCUGUGACUAGUGACAUUUACAGCUUUUUUUGUGUUGAUGAAGGAGUUGUAACCUGAUUUAUGGAAGGGUCCAUAUCCGGUUUUCUUGGUGUAUUAACGUGGUUGGAAACUAAAGGCAAUUGGCAAGGGAACAUCUGGGUUUCUUUCAUGCAGUUUAUCCUCAAAGCUGACAUGAUGAAUAGGGAGUCUGUCAUCUUUAUCAAUAUACGAGCAAUAAGCUGUGGAAAGAUCGAUGUUCCAGCAUCUCACGAGGCUUGGACACUAACCUUUUUGUAAAGGUGUGCAGGUGAUGUAGCUUUUAGAUCUUGAUUCUUUGAGAGUACACAGAUUGGAGAAUUCUGAAUAUUUCGGAAUACUCAAAAUAAAAUUGUAGUGUACUUCAAUAACUCAGUUUUGGUGUCUUCUUAUAACAUGUAGUGCCUAAUUUGUUCAUUCUUAUGACAUGAAACAUUCUAGGGUGACAAAGUACCUAGUUGAAAACAAGUUUAACAGUAACAGUGCUUGCUUUUAUGAUGGAAUUUUAAAGCAUCGUACUGAAAAGUUGUACUACCGAGACAGCUGAUAAUCUCUAUUUUUCUUCUCCUAGUUAAAUAGCCUGUGACAGAUAAAUGCCAACCCCUAUGUUUCGUAA